CGGCAAUAGAGAGGUGGACUAUGGGGAUCCCCAGACGAGCCCUGAGUUCCCAUUGUCUGACAAUGCUGGGGUGAAGUCAUCCCCGUACUUUCUGUUAUCGAGUGAUAUAAAACAAGUUUCUCCGGCUUGAAACGGCGAUGGUCGAUAUUAAAGAAGUUCGUUCCCAAGUCAAACACUCCUCUGACAUGCCGUCAGACAAGGCCGCCCAAGAGCCCGAGUCGUCUUCGACUCAUAUCGAUGUAAUCAAUCACCCUGGCCAUAGAGUCACUGCCUCUCCACCGCUGACGACUCCAUGCUGUCUGUCUGACCAGGUCGACAAUGCAUCCGACUCCAAGGUCGAACUCACCGAGGCCGACUGCUAUUCCGAACUGGGCUUUUCCUUCUCCAACGCAAAGAAAUGGACGAUUAUCAUUGUCAUCUUCCUGGUGCAGACCUCGAUGAACUUCAACACCAGCCUUUAUUCCAACGCCGUUUCGGGAAUCUCAGAAGAAUUUGGUGUGAGCAAACAAGAGGCCCGUUGCGGAGCAAUGGUGUUUCUCAUCCUCUAUGCGUUUGGCUGCGAGCUGUGGGCACCGUGGAGCGAGGAGGUUGGCAGGAAACCAAUCCUCCAACUAAGUCUUUUCCUGGUCAAUAUCUGGCAGAUCCCAGUGGGAAUCGCUCCCAACUUUGCAACCAUCAUGGUGGGCCGGGCUCUGGGUGGAAUCUGUACCGCCGGUGGUUCUGUCACAUUGGGCAUGAUUGCUGAUAUGUGGGAGCCAGACGACCAACAGUAUGCGGUGGCCUGUGUGGUGUUUUCUUCUGUUGGUGGCUCUGUACUCGGUCCUGUUGUGGGAGGCUUUGUGGAGGCAUAUCUGCCCUGGCGCUGGAAUAUCUGGAUACAGCUGAUCUUUGGUGUCUUUGUCCAAGUUGCCCAUCUCGUGUUGGUUCCAGAGACAAGAACAUCGAUCAUGAUUGAUCAAAUCGCCAAACGGAGACGGGUAAAUGGAGAGAAAGUGUACGGCCCGAACGAAUUGAUUCCAUUCAAAGACCGAUUCUCGAUGCGAGAAAUCCUGAUCACCUGGAUGCGGCCGUUCCGCAUGUUCUUGACAGAGCCGAUUGUGCUGACUCUAUCACUGCUGAGUGGCUUCACGGAUGCAUUGAUCUUUAUAUUUAUUCAAUCAUUCAGCCUGGUGUACAAGCAGUGGAACUUUGGUACUGUUGCUGUUGGUCUUUCUUUCCUACCCAUUAUGAUCGGAUAUAUCAUUGCCUGGAUCUCAUUCAUUCCGGUUAUUCGACGCAAUAUUCAUCAAAGACGCAUGAACCCUGCCGAUGAGCGCGCUCAGUAUGAAUCUCGACUGUGGUGGUUGUUGUAUACGGCUUUGUGCCUUCCCAUCGGCAUGAUUGGUUUUGCAUGGACGAGUCUGCCACAGGUGCACUGGAUCGGCACCAUGUUCUUCUCAGCGCUGGUGGGAAUUGCGAAUUUCAGCAUCUUCAUGGCAACCAUCGAUUACAUGAUCUGUGCCUACGGACCGUAUUCUGCCUCCGCGACUGGUGGGAAUGGCUGGUCAAGGGACUUUUUGGCUGGUGUCUUGACUGUCCCUGCGACUCCAUUCUAUGAAAAUAUUGGGGGAAAGUACCACCUGGAGUACGCGUCAACCAUUCUAUUCUGCAUCUCGGUCCUUCUCGUCGCCACUGUAUACGUGAUCUACUGGUAUGGACCGGCCCUUCGAAAGCGAUCCCCCUUCGCCCAGCAGUUGGUGGAUGCCAGGGCAGAAAUCCAAACUCGAGUCCGCGAUCAGAAUCCAGAAAGCGUUGCUGUAUCGAUGCCCAACCAGCUUGCCAGAUCGCAACAGAACCUUCGCCUUCGAGAAGCCAUGGGCAGUCGACCAGGUAGCUUUGCGGGAUCGCGUGUUCAGUCGCGGGCGAAUUCUCGUGCAAAUUCUCGUGCAAAUUCGCGCCGGAACUCGAUGUCGUGA